AUGAAGACUUGUUACUAUGAGCUUCUUGGCGUGGAAGCCACUGCCACAGAAAUCGAGUUAAAAAAGGCAUACAGGAGAAAGGCUCUCCAACUUCAUCCGGACAAAAACCCACAUGACGUUGCUGGGGCAAACGCUCGUUUCACGCUUGUCAGCGCAGCAUACGAGGUUCUUUCUGACCCACAGGAACGAAGUUGGUACGAUGCCCAUAAGGCCCAGAUUUUACGGGAUGACGACGAAUACACUCCCACAGCAGAGGAUUCACAAAACAUGGUGAUUCCUAGUAUAUCUGUCGAGGAGCUUCUACGAUACUUCAAUCCGUCGCUCUAUGCCAGAGUUGACGAUUCGCAGGCUGGUCUUUACAGUGUAGCUGGCCGGCUCUUCGAGAGGCUAGCAGCAGAAGAAAUCAGACACGGUAAAUACCAGCAGACGGAGGGCUACAGCAAGUACCAAGAUGAUGCGCCAAAUGUCGAUGCCAUAGACGAGAGUAUCCUCAUGUUUCCAAGGUUUGGAAACUCGCACUCGGAUUAUGCUUCCAAGGUGCGUGUUUUCUACAACGAGUGGAGCAAUUUCCUGAGUGUAAAGAGCUUCAACUGGAUGGACGAGUACAGGUACUCUACGGCCCAAGACCGGAGAACACGACGCCUAAUGGAGAAGGAAAACAAGAGGGCCAGGGACUUGGCAAGGAGAGAAUAUAAUGACACCGUUCGAAAGUUCGUGUCGUUUAUGAAGAAAAGAGAUAUGCGUGUCAAAGCUGGCGCAGAAGCGUACGAGGCAGCCAAGAAGAAACAGCAAAGAGCGGCUCUCCAGAGACAAGCACAGGAACACAAACUACAGAAAAUGGCAGAGACAGCAAACUACGAAGCCCAAGAUUGGGAGAAAAUGAACGCAGAAGAACUAGAAGAGGUAGAGCGUAUGCUUCGAGAAGAGUUCAAUUAUGAUAGCGACGAGACCACGGACUCUGAAUUCGAUGAGUUUGUCGAGGAUUUUGCGGAUGAUUUGCAUGAGUGCAUAGUGUGCAACAAGACGUUCAAGUCAAAGAACCAAUUUGACACGCAUGAAAAGUCCCAGAAGCAUAAGACUAUGUUGGAGCAGAUUCGCGAGGAGAUGAGACAAGAGGGUUUAGAGUUGGGAAUCGACGCAGAAGAAGAUGACUCUGCUUUUGAGACAGCCGCAAGUGAGCCCGAGUACUUGGAAUCUGAAGCAGAGCUUCUGGAUGCGGACCACGAUCAGACAUGCGAAAGACCGGAAUAUCUGAAAAGCCUGAGUCCUAUAGUAAAAAGUACCGAGGACUUGCAUUCUGUUUCUCAAGACGAAAAUAUGACUGGCCAGAAGUAUGAAGAGCUCGAUGUCGAUGAUGUUGUUGAUGACGAGUUUGAUGACUUGGAAGGGCUAGGGAAACUGCUCCAGGAUGUUGAUAAAGCCUCGCAAACAAAGAAGCAAAAGAAUAAAUCCAAGAAAAGCUCGCGCAAACUAGAUACAGAGUUGGAGGAAGAGCUCUCCAAAAUAGUGAACGGUUUGAGUCUCGAGACUGAAGAUAAAGACGAUGUCUGGGUUGAUGAUAAGAAGAAGAAAAAGAAAGGCAAGAAAAAGUCUGAUAUGACGAAUUCCAUGCCAAUUAAAAGCGAAACGAGGAUACCCGACCAAAAGGCCGAACGCGAGGCUAUCCCCUCCAAAAUUCCGAAUGGAUCUGAAAUUUGUGUUGUUUGCAAAGAUGUAUUCACCUCCAGAAACAAACUUUUUCAACAUGUGAAAAAGACGGGACAUGCGGCCCCUGUGAUCGAGGUAAAGAAGACAAAAGGGAAG